UGGUGAUUGUAAUGCUACGGCGCGGCAACGGCCUUUUAGUUUCCUUCUUUAGCAGGAUUUCUUUCAAACCAACUCUCUCUGACAACAGCGACCCCCAGAGGCAACAGGUUCAUGACGGCCUAUAUAAAUUUGUUUUAGACUAUGACCACAAAGCUCCCGUAUAUGACUCGCAUCCCAUUGGGGUGAAAUCUGACUUCUUUGCAAAACGUUUUUUUAGCGGGUCUGUGUUGGCAGCUUUUGCAUCUUUUGCUAGUACGUCCUUAGUAUUAUACACCUUUGUCUUUCUUGUUGGCUCAUCAAUAAUGGAAUCCUAUCGCAAGCUGUGGUUUGAGGAACCCAGUGAAGAAGUUGAUGAAGAAGACCCAAGUUUACUACUUGAAAAUUCGGAUAUUAUGGCAUUUGAGGAAGAAGAAUAACCCUAAAAAGAAUGUUUGCAUGAUAAUUAUUGCUUCAGUUUCCAUCACGCGCAAAUCAACAUAUCAAAACUGUCAUGUAUUUUUCGAGGAGGACGGGGGGGAUGAUAAGUAGUAUAUUUAUUUUAAUUAGAAUUCUCAUACAUUUUCUUUACUGCUGCAUGAUUUAAAAUGAGUUCAGUGAACUGUGCUUUCUUAUCCUUUUUAAAGUGAGAUGUCAAAGCUGAUUCUGAUACUUCACACAUGUGAUGAUAUUGGUUU